GUAAAGACUAGUAGACACCCAGCCUUCUUCGGUCAGGAAAUCGCGCAACGGCGACUAGCCAGCGCCAGGCGUAAGGAAAAGCAAGGUCUCGUUCCCAUUCCGGCUGCUUCACCACUCUUGACUGAGUGUAACCAGCACACAGCCAAACCCAUCCCCGAGUCGUACCCGCAACUCUCAACAGACAUGGCGCUCCUGGAUAUCGUCGGUGUCGCUGUCACCGCUGUCACCACACCCUCCACGCUGUUCCUCCUCCUCCUCGCGUCUGUUCCUCUCUUUGGCAUAUAUGUAGCUGUGUAUACCCUUUCCCGCCGCGUGCCGUGGCCCGCCAACGCGCCGCCCAUCGCCCUCGACAACUACCCGAUCACGGGCUCCUGGGGUUUCUGGGGCCGGCGCUGGAGCUGGCAUCGCCGCCAGCGCGACGCAACGCCCUCAGGCAACUUCGCGUUCCACGCCGGCCCCAACACCAUCGUCGGCCUGUCGGGUGACGCGGGCCGACGCCUGUUCUUCGAGUCCAAGGACCUGGGAUUCAGCGAGGGCUACGCUGUGCUUUUUGGCCAGUCGCCCACAGUCGAGGCCCUCGACGUGGGCGAGGGCAAGGAUCAUGACAUCAACAACCACUUCACCCGCCGCAUCGUCUUCCUGCUGAAGAACGAGCAGUUCCGCCGCAAGCUGCCGACUCUCAUCGCCGACACCCAGGAGGCCAUGGACGCCAUCGGCAACGACCCCAGCGGCGUCACCAAUCCCUUCGAGAGCCUGUACCGCAUCGUGUUCCGUCUGACGAUCCGCAUGGUAGGCGCCGACGACAUCGCCGACGACGCACAGCUUCUCGAGCAGACGCUGGAGCUGUUCGAGACUAUUGAGGCCAGCGCGACCGCCACUUCCGUUAUGUUCCCCAAGGUGCCCUCGCCGGCCCUGCUGAAGCGUACUUACGCCGGUACGAAACUGUACUUUAUGAUCGAGGGCAUCAUCAAGAAGCGCAUGGCGAGCGGCGAGAAACACGACGACGCCCUGCAGUACAUGCUCGACCAGGGCGAUCGGACAUUCCGUAUCAUCGAGUUCGUCGUCGGGGCUUUGUUCGCGGGGCUUUUGAACAGCGGCAUCAACGCGGCGUGGGUUGCCUGCUAUUUGGCUUGCUCUCCCGAAUGGCUCGCCAAGGCCCAAGACGAAGUCCGCGCCGCCGCCGCCAAGUAUGCCCGGGACCCUUCCGCGCCCUUGCGUUACCAGCUCGAUGAUGUCCCCUUGGAGGCCUGGGAGUCCGAGUUUCCCGUCAUCGACAUGUGUCUGCGCGACUCGAUCCGCCUGAACUUGCUGGGCACUGCCUUUAGGAAGAAUACCAGCGGCCGCCCGAUUCCUACAGGACACGGCAACGAAGUCAUACCGCCUGGUGCCUUCGUCGCUUAUGCGACAGGCGACAUCCAUCUCGAUCCCCAAGUGUACCCCGACCCGCUGAAAUGGGACCCCGCCAGAUAUCUGCCUGACCGCGCCGAGGACAAGAAGAAGCCCGAUGCGUUCGUUGGGUGGGGUACAGGGCGACAUCCAUGCCUGGGCGUCCGCUUCGCCAAGCUCGAGCAGAAUAUCAUUACUGCCUACUUCAUUGCCUCGUUCGACUUUAGCCUCGAGGAUGAGAAGGGUAACAAGCUCACCACACCACCACAGGUUGAUGUCGAGCGUCACUCUGCCCACAAACCGGACCCUCCGCAAUUCCUUCGGGUUACUCCAAAGUACAAGUAGUGUCGUCGUCUCAUGACUUUGCAAAUGGGUUACUCUGGGCCGUGAAAAGUGGCAAACACUGUCGAGAACUGCUUUGCUCAUGUUUCUGAACACUAUUGCAGCUUUGGCGACUAUGUCUGAUUGGUGGAUGAUGUGUCAAGAAAAUCAAUAGUAGGGCAAAGAUUACGCUUUGGUGUACAUAUGCGCGUCAGGGUCCAGACGUUCGUUGGAACUCUAUUCACAGCUUUUCUCCCGGACAAGGUUGUUGUAACGAAGGAUAUAAGGCGUUAAUUGCUGCCCGCAAUUGACGACGUCGUUUUUGCGACAGUUGUCAAAUCUGACCUCCCACAAGAUGAAAUGCGUCGUCAGGACAACGUUAAUGAAGAGUAAAACGUUCAUAUUGCGAAACAAUGCUACUAAACAACCACAGCCACAGUUCACGCUCGACCCACCUAUUGAUACUGACGGAUUAUAAGGCUAUACUUUAUC